UUCAGAUUGAAGUUGUUACUUGAUCAAAAAAAUGCCGACAAAAAAGGUAGUGAAAAAGCAGGAGGAGCCUGUUUUCCUGGGACCCCAGGUGGCCGAGGGUGAGAACGUGUUCGGAGUAGCUCACAUAUUUGCCAGUUUCAAUGACACGUUCGUCCACGUGACCGACAUGUCUGGUCGGGAGACGUUCGCUCGGGUGACGGGAGGAAUGAAAGUCAAAGCUGACAGAGAUGAAGCGUCACCAUACGCUGCUAUGUUGGCAGCCCAAGACGUAGCGGUCAUGAUCAAAGAGAGAGGUAUUACAGCAGUUCACGUGAAGAUUAGGGCUACUGGUGGUGUCAGGACGAAGACACCUGGACCAGGGGCCCAAAGUGCUCUAAGAGCUCUCGCCAGAUCCGGUAUCAAAAUCGGAAGAAUUGAGGAUGUCACACCUAUCCCCACUGAUUCUACCAGGAGAAAGAAUGGACGAAGAGGACGACGACUGUAAUGCAACAGACGGCUGUAGUCAAAGAGUUGAACUGAAACCAAUGAUUUAUUGUCUUGUCGUUUAUUCUAAGUCAAUUGCAUUGCUAAGUCAAUUCAAUCUCUCCUGACA